UAUCUGCUCAAGAUUCUUCGUAAUCAUGUGAUGGUUCGUGUGGGAGGAGGUUGGGAUACCUUAGAGCAUUACCUCGACAAGCACGACCCCUGUCGCUGUAAAUCAGGACACAGGUUUUCGACUUCAGCGAAAUUGACCAUUUCCCCUGGAAAGAACUCUCCUUACAUGCAAGUUACUUACAGCCGACCUACCGAGCCAAACAUUCCUGGAUCCAAACCACAAAGCCCUCCCUCGUCUCCACAGACACGCCGCCGAAUGACGAACACGGCAGUUCCUCGCUUUGAUCACAAGGAUACGAGUGACUCGCUCAAACAUUCUUCAAAAUAUUCUUACCUCGACAACGAUUCGUCGUCUUGCAGUUGCGUUGAAGACAUGAGUAAACUAUGUGGACGCUUCAAACCGACUCAGGUGAACAAUGCGGAACACCUCGAGGUCGAAAGAGAGAAAAAGUGGGCCCCAUGUAAGGUAACGAAAAUGGGGAAGAAUGGAGAAGAGCCUAAAUCUGACGGUAGUCUAGCAAAUGGACAUGACUCUCUACCUUUAGAGACUGAAUACUCAAUGAGAAGAAUGAGUGCUCCUCAAGAAUCUCGAAACUCAAAGUGUAGCAAGAUUUCAGCUCCUCGACCAGGUGGAAAAACCAUAUUCCUAAACACUUCUAACCAUUAUCUGAAAACAAUAGAUACAAAGGAGAACUCCGAGAACAUGUACCCUAGCAGGAUCAUCAACAAACAAUGUGUCCCUCCACUAAGUAAUAAUGGUACAGAGCUUGACAAUAACAAAGGAAGAAGGUAUUCUGACUCUUUCAGUUCUCCACUUGAUGUUACAAAAAGUCGGCCUCACAAAAAUGGAUCCACAGAGGAUGGGUUCUUUUUAACCAGAAACAGUCUAGGUAGACAUUCUUAUAGAGCCCCGAGGACUCCCAAUGUUGAAGCUAAAAUUGGUCCUGGCUACAAAACGUGGUCAUUUCGUCAGCGUUCUCCUAGAGUUCCCCUUAGUACAGAUAUUUUUCAACAUACACCACAAAGGUCUCAAUCACCUGUAAAACCCCAAGUCCCAAGAGCAAGAAGCAUUGACUUUACUACUAGGCAUAACCCACAGAAGCAGACAGCUAGUAAAAAAACCCUACUGCCUACAGAUAAAAUGCAAAAACUCCUGAAGGACGUCAACUUUGAUACAGACCACGACUUCCUGGCUGAAAUGGAAAAAUUCAUUGAAAGUUAUAAGGCAAAAGUAGAAAAAAAGUUGAAUGAAGAACAAGCGUCGAAUCUUUCUUCUAAUUUGAAUAAAAAAUCAACACAUUCUAACGAACCAGAUCUUCCUGAUGAAGAACAUUCUAGCCAAAGAACUUGUUUUCAACAAGCUAUGCCCCCCAAGGCAAGAUCUCAGAGUACUGGUUCUUCUAAAAUCCCAAUGUCCAUCAGAUACUAUAAACGAGAGUGGUAACUUUGGGUGUUUUGUUCUGAAGAGGUGUUAAAACGGAGUACUGAGUACAAAUUACUGUCUCUGACAGUCACUCUUCUGUUCAAAGUUUCUAUGCUAUAAAAACACCUUUUCAAAAUAUAUUGUCAUCAAUAGAUAUAUAAUAAAAACUGUUUACUAUUCAGGUAGAAGCGAAAUGCUAUUGUUUAAUUAGAUCAUGCUGGACAAAAUGACGGGUAUUGUAUAUUGUGACUUUUACCAUAGCAGAAAUUCUCAGAUUACAGCUGCAGCUAUGGUGUGUAUUGGACAGGAGUCAACUUAAUAGUAAAUUUACAAACAACGAUCUGUAAGCAUGAUGAAUUGGUUUUAUUUUAGAGAACUUGUUACAUGCUUGGACGGAAAAUUGGUUUGUCGUAUUCAUUGUUUGUCAAUUUACUAUUAUACUAGCAUAAAGUGCUUCCGUGAACAAGGAGUCAACUUGUUAUGAUUAUAUUUCACAUCAAAUUAAACUGUUUGCAGAACAAAUAAUAAAUGAAAACCACGAAAAAAAUCAUUGUCUUGCUUAUGGAAUAAACGUAGCUUGUAGUAAAAAUAGAACUUAUACUUGAGGAUAAUCUAAGCAAUAAGAAUAAGAUCUACGAUGUUAUUUUCCCAUGUUUGUUUGUAAACCUAGAGAGAGAGAGUUUGUAAACUCUGCUCUCCAGUGAGACACUUUUUCGGCAACUAAGACUGGUAUCCUAUUAGUAAAAAUAUGCGAAGGAACUAAUUAACAUAAAAUAAUUAACAAAUUUACAUAUGAUGAUUUUAUCUACUAUAACACUACUGAAGGAGAAGAACAGAAAUUUUGAAAUCUAUAUAAUAGUUUUGUAAGUUGAACUGUCGGAUUAUUUCGGUCCUUUUGCUUCGUUAACUAUGACUUAAAAAUUCUACAUUUGUAAACAUUUGUUGUAUUUUAUUAUUACUCUUUUUUUAAGAUACAGUAGACCAUAUUUUGCUUAAAAACAAAUAAUUUAAAAAUAAUUUUCAUACCACUUUAUAGGAGACAUCACUAUCUGAGUUUACAUAUUGAACCUUAGGCUCCUUAAUUUCUACCUGUAACACAUUCUUAUUCCUAAAAGAUAUGGCGUCAUUAUUUUAGCCUACAAGUUCAAUACAAAAGCAAGACUUGUUAAUCGUCACAAAUCUUACCUUUAUAUCAAGAAGUUGCUAUGAUAACGUUAAUUGAACAUGCAGGAGGGACUUUUUAAUGUUCACAGUCACCAUGUUCAAAUUGGGGUGGGGUGGGAUAUCAAGUCUUCAUUAGUUUAAGAUACGUGUUAAAUGUACAAAUGAGCUUUUUUUCAUUUUCGUGGUGAAUGGGGCCACCUUCUCUGAAAUCAGGGGUUGAAAAUUGAAAAAGAUAUAUUGAUUUGUUAAUCUUGAGAUCUGUCUUUUAGUAAUGUCCAAAUUUACCAAAAAAAUCAAGAAAAAAAUGUCUUAAUUAACCCAUAUGGAAGAUUUAUCUUCCAGUGAGACAGAACCACUGAUUUAUUGCAGGCCUUGUUCCAGUUUCUCUCCCUUGGGGGUUGGGGUGGUAUUGGAACUUUUGUUGAUUUAGAAAAUAUCAUUCGAUGUUGUUGUUGUUUUGAAAUUAAUAAUAAAAUAUUUUUAAAUCGCUUGAGAGAAUAAACUUAGGUAGACCAGAAUGAAAUUUAGGACUGUAUGGCCCACCCCAGCAACCCCCUAGCGCCGACCUUGGUCUGUUAUGUUAUGAAGUAAUUUUUACAUUUUUCGCUAAAGUUUGAUGUUCUUCCUUCAGGUAAAAUGCGUUUGUUCUAUUAUUACGGCAAGAUAAUCGGAACUGAGAUGUAAUGUUAGAAUACACCUGUUUCACUGUUACUGUAGGCCAAUCGGAAUGGAUAUGUAAUGCUAGAAUACGCCCAUUUCAUUAUUAUACUUAAAUGGGUUGAGAGAUAACGUUAGAACACGCACAUUUCAUUAUUAUACUUAUAUGGGUUGAGAGGUAACGUUAGAACACGCCCAUUUCAUUAUUAUACUUAUAUGGGUUGAGAGAUAACGUUAGAAUACGCCCAUUUCAUUAUUAUACUUAUAUAGGUUGAGAGGUAACGUUAGAACACGCCCAUUUCAUUAUUAUACUUAUAUGGGUUGAGAGAUAACGUUAGAAUACGCCAAUUUGAUUAUUAUAUUUGGAUGGGUUGAGAUGUAAUGUUAGAAUAACCCUCUUUCAUUAUUAUUUAAGAUAAUCGGACAUAAGAAGUAACGGUUAAAUGUUAACGUCAUCGUGUGUAAGAACAUUUCUGUAACACAAAGUUUCACAAAUGUUACAGCAGCAGUGCAGAAACAAAUCAGGCUUUUUUUUAUUCUUUUGUUUUUACUUCUCUCUAAACAUUUGAGAUAGAAACUUGGCUAGAAGUAAAAUAAUUCCUUACGAUAACUUUAGUGUGCUUAAUUAUGCAGAUAAAUAAUGCUCGAACAAGCAAAAUUUAUAUGUGAUAUCUAAAUACCAACUAUAAUAUCCGCUAAUGAUUUCGAACAACUAAAAGAGUGAGAUCUAUCUGGUCGAAACAUGACAGAUACCCAGAUAACAGAUACCCAGAUUACAGAUACCCAAAUAACCAGGUAACAGAUACACAGAUACUCAAUCAGCAGAAAGACUACACAUGUUUAAUUUUUUGUUUUUUCUAAUUUCCAUGAAAACAAAACAAAAGUACAUAGAUUUAAUGAGUAGACUUCUAUCUUUUAAUACCACUACGUAUUUUACUAUCCAAACGAUGGCCUGAAACUCUUAUUCAGUCCCAAAGUUUUAUGUAUCUAACACUUUCCAUUUUGUGUAUUUUUAAUGUUUCUACAAAAUAAUCUCGAGAAUUUAAAACCCACGUGCAUGCUGUUUUUAUUCCUCUGGUACAUAAAUAAUUGAGCAGAAAACCAAGCUUCUUGUUUUAUAUCAAGUUCAGAAUUAUUUUAGGGUAUUAAUACUUGUACGACAUUCAGUAGCGUACAUGAAUAUACUAAUGUUUGAAACUGUUCUGUAAAUUAUGUAGUAGUAGUAGCAGUACAAAGUAAGUUGCUGAAUAUUAUGACGACUUGUUAAAGUAUUCUUUGUAAGCAGGAAUAAAUCAACUUAAUAUGAUGUAUCGAAUUCAGGGUAUCAUUCACGUUUUCAUCAACGCUCAUGUGAAGUUCUGUGAUUCAUUUUUUGAAGGUAAUAUUCGUUAUUACUUUAAAAUAUUGUUCGUUUAAGGCUGGUAUCGAAUUGAUACCUUUAAUGUCAUACGAUUAAGAAUGAAAAGGCAUAUCUUUGUGUUCUUUGUUGCUGAUUACUUGGAUGGUGUUAAAUGGCUUAUCUAUGCUCUGCUCACCAUGGGUAUCGAAACCCGAUUUUUAGCGUCGUAAACUUGCAGACUUACCACCGAGCCAAUGGGGCACUUUGGGUUCUCACAGAUGUGUUAAUGUCAUGUCUCCAAACUGUAAUUAGGUUAGACGAGUAACAAAAAAAAGUAAAGUUUAAUACAAUUUGCAAGAUACGAGUGUGAAAGUUUUAGAUGUUGAACAGAGAGUUUGAAAUGUAUUGGUUAUAUUACUUUGCUCUGUCUUGAAUUGCUUCGAAAGUGAAUAUAUAUAUAUAUAUAUAUAAGUAAUAACAAAAACAUUUUGUAAAUGUAAAAUGAUGUUGGGAUGACAGUGCCAAAAAGAAUGCAAACAAGAAUAUAGGGAUGAUAAGCUAUAUGUAAUUCAUCCCCACUAGGACUUUCAAUAUUAAAAUUUAAUGUUACACUGUAAAAUGCACACUUGACUUUAAUAUUACUACAGUUGGAAGUUGUAUAUUCCUGACUGUUGUUAUGCAGUUUGUUUAUCAUAAUAUCAUGGUCAUGUCAGGGUAGGCAUCAAUAUAUUGUAACUAAGAGUUAGGACUUACAUACAAGGAAAACCGUGUUGAGUCAGAACAUGUCUUGAUUAUUACAGACUAUAACAGACUCUCGCUACGGCGUCGGUCGAAUUGACUUAUUUUGUGACUUUUUUUCCCCUGAC